AAAGGGCUUUUCACAAAUACAAAUCAAAGUGCUAUACAAAACAUAGGUGAAUUAAAACAGGGGAAACGUCAUAAAAAGGAUAAGUUAAAAAGUCCAUCGACUAAAGGCUUGCAUAAUGCAUAACCGUAGUUAACACCGUUCAAAGCUCUUUGUUUUUGGGCACAACAUGACAUCACAAAUCAAAGACAAGUCAUUAUACAUGGAGCAAUUGUUAUUACAGUUGUGAUAACUUAAAUGAAAAUAUAAAUCACAGAGAUAGGGUGAGAAGCUCUGUCAUCCGGGAGGAGCUCAAAGUAAAGCCACUGCUCCUCCACAUCGAGAGGAGCCAGAUGAGGUGGUUCGGGCAUCUGGUCAGGAUGCCACCCGAACGCCUCCCUAGGGAGGUGUUUAGGGCACGUCCGACCGGUAGGAGGCCACGGGGAAGACCCAGGACACGUUGGGAAGACUAUGUCUCCCGGCUGGCCUGGGAACGCCUCGGGAUCCCCCGGGAAGAGCUAGACGAAGUGGCUGGGGAGAGGGAAGUCUGGGCUUCCCUGCUUAGGCUGCUGCCCCCGCGACCCGACCUCGGAUAAGCGGAAGAAGAUGGAUGGAUGGAUGGAUAAAUCACAGGUUGUUUACUCAACAUAGUAACCAACAAGGAAGUGAAAUAAAACAUUGACCAAAAAAAGCUACAUUAAAACGUUCAGAUACUACUACGCGACGGCUUAGAAAAUAAACCUUUUUAUAAAUUCAUAAAGAUAAGCAUUCAUCUUUCAGUGGUUCUAGUAUUUGAAUACACAUAUUACACAUUUGUCUAAUUUUAAAACUGGCCCUUUAGUUUAUUUUGAUUGUUAGCAACUCCUACUAAUACAUUGUAUUCAUUUUGCACACAUGCAUACUGGAUAGACCAGGGGUUGGAUUAGAAAGGACAGAUUUAAAAAUAAUUUAAAAAAAACAAAACAUUUUUUAACUUGGGACUUCCCGUUGGCCGGAUUUUGGACGCUGGCGGGGAGUUUGGGGACCCCUGGGGUAGACCAUUAAGUAUACCUGCACCAUCUUAUGAAAAUUCUACCUAUACAAAAAUCAAGGCCUCAAGUGAAUUCAGGUUGUAUAUAUGUUUACUAUUAAAGAAAAAGUACACUGAAGGUAACAGUUUGUGAUUGUCAGUAGUGGGGGAGUGGAACUGUCAGUCAAAACAGAAAAAAAACCCAUCUCUUCCCGCUCACAAUUGCAUGUGUGCAACUUCCUCAUUAGCUGCUCUAGAGCUUGAGAGCGCGCGUCUGAAAUCUAAACCGAAACGGUAAAAUCCAAACAAACAAAAAUCUGUUUUCUGUAGUAACCUGCUGGACCUUUGCUGGAGGAGGGGGGGUCACUAGGUUGGUCAGUUAUUGCUGAAACAGCCAAAAUGCUCCGACAGUCUCUGAGCAUUUUGAAGCAGCUUGGAUCUUCUGCAAAGUCACAUGAUGUCAGCGGGCUUCUACAUGAAGACCUGGUUGUGGUGGAGCAGCGGGUGGAACCAGCCAAGAGAGCGGCACAGAUGCUCCACAAGAAGCUGCUGGGCUGCAUGCAGAGUCAGACAGGACUGGAUGCUGAAAAACGGAUGAAGAAGCUUCCUCUGAUGCUGCUGUCAAUCAGCAUGGCGGAAAGCUUCAAAGACUUUGAUGCAGAGUCUCCCAUCAGGAGGGUGCUGGAGAUGUGUUGCUUUAUGGAGAAGAAGUUAGCCACCCUGCUCGCAGACUAUGAGAUGAAAAUGGAGAAGCAAGUGUUGGAGCCGUUGAAUAAACUUAGUGAGGAUGAACUACCAGAGAUCCUCAAAAACAAAAAGCACUUUGCAAAGCUCAACACAGACUGGAAUAAUGCACGACUCAGGAGCCAGGCUAGCACCGGUGCACAGGCAAAGCAGGAUGGACUCAAGGAGGAAGAAGAAGAAGCUUGGAGGAAGUUGGAGACCAUCAAGAAUCAGUAUUCAGCAGAUUUGUAUCACUUUGCAACCAAAGAAGAAGACUACGCCAGCUACUUCAUUCGCCUUUUGGAGCUGCAAGCGGAAUACCACAAACAUUCACACGACUUCCUGGAUAGAAAUAUAUGCGAACUCAAAGAGAAUCACAGCCACAAAGAGCCACCAGGGAACCUCUUCCGACAAAAGGUUUUUGGGGAGUCUCUAGCCUCUCAUCUGCGUGAAAGCAACAGGGAGAUCGCUGCCCCCAUCCAAGAGUGUAUUCACAUGCUUCUCAGAACAGGAAUGCGCGAAGAGGGUUUAUUUCGGCUCGCGGCUGCCGCCUCUGUGGUGAAGAGGCUGAAGACGUGUAUGGAUCAUGGGGUGGUCGACCAUAGCGAGUUCAAAAUGGAUCCCCACGCUGUGGCUGGAGCACUGAAGUGUUACCUGCGAGAACUUCCUGAACCUCUAAUGACCUUUGAACUCUACGACGACUGGUUUAAAGCAGCAGGUGAAAAAGAUGUCAGUGAGAAGCAGGAGAAGUUCCGAGCGCUGCUGAAGAAACUGCCGGCAGAAAACUACAACAACCUCAGUUAUCUAGUCCAGUUCUUGUCCCGGCUGUCCGAGGAGCAGUCUGCCAACAAGAUGACCCCCAGUAACAUCGCCAUCGUCCUGGGGCCCAACCUGCUGCGACCCCCAGCAGAGGGGGAGAUUCCCCAGCUGGACAUGGCGUCCGCCUCCUCUAUCCAGGUGGUGACGGUUAUCGAGCCUCUUAUUCAAUACAGCGCCACGCUCUUCCCUGAAGAGGUGUCCUUUGAGGUCCCAGAGCUUCCAGAGGUCCAAGAUGAUCCUCUAGUCCAGUCCUCCAUCUCCAAACCGACGCCGCUGAGCAGAACAGUGUCCUGUGCCUCCACAGCCUCCUCGUCCUCCUCCCACCACCCUCUCUCCAAGACCAACAGUGUGUCCUCUCAAGAUGGCGUCUCCUCUGUGAAAGCCGGUUCUGCUAGGCGCUCGGCGUGGAGCGGGCCCGCAUCCGAGGCAGCAACAGCCCAAAAAGAAACACCCGCCCUGCCGUCAAACCAGAACCCGACGCUGCAUCCUAGAACUGUGAGAACCAGCCAAGGACCGAGCAUGGACCACGCCCAGAAACAAUUGAGCCAGUUGGAGAAUAUUUCAGAAGCCCCUCCAUGCUCUGCCAAAGCAGUUGUGGGGAUCACACUAAACAAACCAAAGAGAAACGUCAGUGUGAGAAAAGCCAACAAAGCUAACGAGCCGAUGACGGUUUUCGACAGCAAACCCAAAGCCCCGGAGCCGCCGAAGCCACGGGCCCCUCCAGCUCAACCGACUGGCCUCAAAAAGCUGCCUUUUAAAAAGCCUGGCGUUAAAGCCCCAAACUGCCCUCCGCCACGUCCCCCCGCAUAGCAGUCCACAGAGGCACAGUAACAAGAGAUUUUGACACACAUGUCUUAAAUGUGUACAUCGCUCCCUGAGAUGUUUGGUGUGGAAGAACUGUAUCCAAACAACUUUGGGAGGAACGUGACCUUCUCUCUGACCUCGCAAAUGUUGUGCAUGAAUGGACAAAGACAGUGUUCCAUUUCAAAAUGUUUAGGUGUCCCAAUACUUUUGUCCACAUAGGGCCUGUUGUACUAAAAUCCAAAUAAGUUCUAAGUGGCAUGUAGUAUUAGUGGGCGUGUCUAGGACUGUGGUGCAAACCUGGUCGAUUUAAAUGUGUAUACCGGCUGUCACCAUGGAGACACUCAUUUACUGCACACGCAUUGCAUCAUAUGCUCCAAUCUGUAGUGUUUUGUUAUGUUGUGAAACAUGCAGCACACAUAUAUAAGGUGUACCUUCUUUUCUGGGUUGUAUUGAAGCUCAAUACAGACAACAGAACUUAUUACUAGCACGCCGAAGGUGCACUCUGGGAGGCAACCUGGUUGUUCUGAUGAUGUGUCUAGAAUGAUCCAGACGCAAGAAAAUACAUGUCGCAAGAAGUGUUUUUAUAGAAAUAAAUGAAUGCCAUACAAAAUAUCUAUUUAAUUAGUUUUAAUCAGCCCCUUAUGUUAUCCAGACAUUUUCAAAAAGCCGAUAUGUCUAAUAUGUUUUAUUUCUGACACUCCAAAUGUGCGUAAUAGUUUCUCUGCAUUAUUCAUCAUAAUGCUUUCUCACACCCAUUUGUGCUGAACUGUGUGCCGGUUUGCACACCCAUUUCCAGCUUGCUAAAUAUAGAUGCCAAGCGGUUUCAGGCUUGAUAAAUCCCACUGCGAGGAAGAAAUGAUUAUACUGUAUUUGCAUCUUCACUUCUACUAUAAAGAUAGAUUGCGCUCGCUAUUUUGCUCAUUUGGGAAACACAAUCCUCUGCGCGCAAGCUUAGUAGGUCAGCUUUACGUGCGCUAUCAAGUUUGCACAUUUACUGUGGUAUGGUUUAAGUUCAUUAUUAUGUAUUUAUUUGAUAUAAAUUAGUCAAGAAAAAGGUUUCAACAAAAUCAGUUAAUAAAGUCUACAAAGUCUUGACUUCAAAUAUUUAUUUGGGCUCCUGGCCCACAAUGUCUCCACCACGCUGAAAUAAAAAGCAUGUUUAUUUCCAAUGAAUGACAUCAUAGUGUGAUGUUUACACGAGUAUCUCAACUAGCUAGAAUAUUUUGAAAACAUUCAUUUAUUUCAGUAGUUCAAAUAAAGAAAAUGAAAUAUUUCGAGAACAUGUUCAAUAUAUUUUUUAGACUUAUUGCUAAUGAAAGCCUCAAAUUCAGUAUCUCAUAUGUGGUUGAAUAUUGUUAAACGACACUUCCCUAUAGCUUUAAUGAGCCUUUUAGCCAAAUUUGAACUCCUGAAAUCAAAGAACUUUGCAUUAUAUUCUCACUGAGAUGAAUAUUUACAUAUAAAACUUGGACUGAAGGUGCUAUAUUGUAAGUACAUAUUUAUAGGGGAGGUCAGUUGAUAUUUUCAUGUACAUUUGUAUAGGAAGUAAAUAACAGGAAAUAUGAUUUGUCUAUUAAAACAUAUACGAGUUCCUCUUCAUUAAAGGAGCACAUAGUAUUUCUAUAAAAGGUCUGCAUUACAUACUAAUCAUAUGGGUCAUAUCAUAUUGCAGGAUUAUCAACUGAUAUGAGUCAAAAAGUCUGGAAUAAAAGUGACUUUGGAUGGCAACCCCUCUCUGAAUUUAGGCCUGGGCCACAUGGCCUCUUUCAACUCGCUGCUUGUGUUCAUUUUGUUCCGUUAUAGAUUUAAGACAAGUGCAAGGUACUCCUGUCAUGCAGGUGGAAGUUUAGCAUAUACAUUGAAGGGCAUGACUUAUAUGUCCAGUGACAUUAGUGUUUCCUCAGCCAAAGUGUUGUUGCAUCAUUAUAAAGUACAGUGGAACUCGCUUAUCUCAACGUCCCUCAGACCGAUGUAGGCAUAAGUCGACAGAGCCCAAAUCAAAACAAAGCAUUGCGUGUACAUUUUCUUGAGACUUUAGCCAUAUCUAAAAGAGAAUGAAUGCUAAUA